CGCGUAAUCUCCGCACUAAAACCCAAAGCUGGCUUUUUAAGGCUGGCUUUAACCAGCUCCACGAAAGAAAUAUUUAACGAUGCGAUGAUUUUGUAUGCAAAAUCGCGAUCCAGCGGGGGGUGAAUUUGGGGGAGGAAAUUGAAGAGCUCCAUGCGCGCAUGAAGCCACAUCGGCGAACGUACGAGCGAACGGUUCGUUUCGCGGCUCCUGCGAGAAUUGUAUGCAAAAUCGCAUCGGCGAUAUCGCGAGGCAUCGGCGCCGAUCGCGCGACCCGCUUACGAAUAAAGAGGACGAGGUAGACUCGAGGGGAGAAACGAAAGAGAAGAGAGGCGAAAGAGAAGGAAACGGCAAAUCGAGGGUACGCGCGGCGAGAUUGCGGCGAUUUCGCUGGCGCAACAGCGUGGAAUCAUGUGGCGACGUUGCACAACAUUCUCGUCAUCUCCGAUCGGCAUUUAACGCUCGUGUUUUCGCUCGUGCGUUUUAAGCGAAUAAGAAUUCCCAGAAAUUCCGCGCACGUCGCACGAGACGUACGUCCGAGCGAAUGGAUUUGUCAUAAGAAUAUAGAACGUCUGCUAUGUCUGCGACCGAUAAUACGCCACAGAUUUCGCAGCAAAGUGAAACAAAAUAUCAAACUGUCGCAAACAAACAAUGAAUUAAGUUUUAUCUGAAGAAUUUCGCGAGUGACGAAACACUCGCUGACGCGGAAAGUUUACCGAGCACGUAGAACGCCUUCUGUUGCUCACCACAGCUUAUUUCACCACGCGUUUUUCACAUUCGGUCGAUUCUUAACAAACAGACGAGCGCGAUAAAGAUGAUAAACGUCGCCUCUUAUCUUCAGAGAAGUUUAAGGGGAUCGCAGUCCUCGUCUUUUACACCCGAGAGGUGAAGGUACCCUCGCAUUACCGCUGACAUUUAGCGGCGCGUUUAGUAAUAGCGUAGAUAUUUUUAUUGACGUAAUCGCGAGUCAAGAGUGCGGAAUUUAUUGCCGAGCCAAAAACCAAGGUGCAACCGCGGGAUUACCCUCGGAAAUCUUACGAGCUCACUUCGCGGCGACAUCGCAUAAAUAUAAAUUCUUAAGGUGCCACGUGAAUCUUCAUAAAUGUACAUUGUGGAAGUUAUCGCCGUCGCGCGAAUGGUGCAAAGGCAGUGGAACGCGGGCGAUCGAAUUAUUUCCAAGUCGAGAAUCCUGUUUCAAGUUUAGCGCUGACGUUUCGCGCUUCAAGAAGUGCCUACGUUUCGCAAAACGUGUUCUUGAACGUACGUGUUGUCGAGAAUGAGCGAUUAGGCGAGCCGAAAAGCGAGCGGAAUGCAGCUGGCAACCAGUCAGAGACCUCACCCACCUCCGGUACCACCUCGGCCGAGUCGGCAGGUGGUUGCCGAGGCCCUUAAGAGAUCGCCAAGGCCGCCCUGUCCCACUAGACAAGCACCACCGCCGCCAAACACGAAACCCUGGCGGUCCGACCAACAAGUGCAAGUACAACAGCAGCAACAGCAACAACAACAACAACAAUUGGACGCAACAGGUGGACGGACGAUCGUGUACGAGUCCCUCAAAGAGUGCGCGAAGGACGAGAAUGUAUUCAACGACAAGAAUCAACGGGAUCGCAAGCAGGCGCGCGAAUCAGAUAGAAAUGUCGAAGAUAAUCGGUUGCAGAAUAGAGACAAAGUUAUCACCUCUCACGAUCAACAUCAAAGAUCCGGUGUCGGUUCGGAAAAGAUUUAUCCUACGGGAAACGUCCCGGUGAACAUCGUGCGGAAGCGCAACAGCCUGACUGAGGAUCAACGGCCGCAGCGCAGACUGGAGAUCCGAAGGAACUCGCGCGGGAAAGAGUUGACCGGACUACUGAACCAUCGUGAGCGAUGCAAAGAUUCGUUCAACAAGAAUCAACAAAAGGAAAACAAUAUCGUCAUUUCGACGGAGAAAUUCGAGCCGGCAGCGACAACAACGACAACGACGACAACGUCGACAACAACGACAACGACGAAGCCAUCGGUGGUCAGAACUGUCAACGUGUCUCUCGACGAUGACUCUCGUGCCUCGUCCUCCAGUCCGGAUUCCGCUGGCGGGCCAGUCACGUUGAGUCACGCGGAAAAAUGCAACGGCAAUCUAGAGAGAGCGGACGGACACGACACCCGGCCGACGCCCACGUGCCGGUCGUGUCCUGGUAGCGAGCAACAAUCGCAGCAGCAGCAGCAGCAGCAGCAACAGGAAGCGUUCGUGACGAGUGGAAAGGCUGCCGGGAACGGCGGUGUCAAGACUGUAUCCUCGAUCGAAAGAUCGACGAGCGUCUCGAGCGUUGACCGCGCCGCCACCACGGUGCUCGUCGUUGACGAACCAGAGCGUAAAAUCGCGCCCAGCGAUCAGGAGGACAGCAACGACAACGACAGCGAUAACAAUAUCCAUCGGCAGGACUGGCUGGAGGCGGGUGUCCGUUACUCCUCCACGCAGAUCACUCUGCACGGAGAUGAGGGCGACGAUGAAAUCGUCGAUAGGAAUCGCGUCAACGGUUAUGAUCAUCGCGAAGAAGAGAGGAUCACUGAUCUUGAUUUCAUCAGUAUACAAGAAAGAAUCGCGAUGUCUUCCCUGCAAGGAUUACCCCCGUUACCAAGAAGCUUGAGCGGCUUCAAUCUGAGCGGCGGGCGCAGCGAGAAUGGCGAGCCACCUCCACCGCCCACAAGAUCGUCCAGUAAAUCCCAAAGAAGCGGUAAAACGUCGCAACAAUCGUCGUCAUCGAGGCCAUCACCACCUGCCAGACAGCUGACCACUCUAGAUACCCAACUGGCGGUGCUCAGGAGAGAAAUGUUUGGUCUGCGACAAUUGGAUCUCUCGUUAUUAUCGCAGCUGUGGUCUUUAAACGAGUCGAUACAAGAGUUUCGGCAGCUGCUGCAGGAGCAAGAGGAUCGAGCGCCUUCUCCAUCACCCAGCAGCGAGGAAGGGGAUGACACGUCUUACGGAGUGCAUCCACCGCCACCACCGAGAAGACCGGCGCCCACAUUGCAUCAUCAUCGACCGCCACGACCGCCCCGACCACCCAGACCAUCGGCCAGCGACGAAUCGCCGUCGAGCGAGGAGUACGGGGCCGUUUGACGUAUCGUUACCGAGAGGAAGAAGUAUUCGAGAAGGUCUCGGUCCUCUCAUCGCACUUAGAACGGCGUUUCGAUGAGCGUCACUAUCUUUGAAUACGAGAAAAGAUCUCGAAAGAACGCAUGCAAAUAAAUGUGACGAUCUCCGGCAUCCUGAUAUCACAACUGGUGAUCUGCGCCUGCACGCAUCGUGACAUUCAAUUGCGGAUUAUUGAUUCCUAAGGGAAAUCACAAUGUCACUUGCAGAGAGUUAUUCAAGAUUGCGAUCUUAAAUGAUUUGGUUCGUUCCAUGUUCUUUAACUGGUGACCGGAACAGACGAUCGAAUCGAUCGACUGAUUGAAGAUCAUUUCGAAGAAGAUCAUUUCGCGGUAGAUUAGUCGUGGUCGCGCGCACAGCGCUAUCUGCGUAACUAUCUAGGGUAGCCGUCGCUUGGGGAUUAUGACCGCUACUUUAGCAUGAAAGGAUUGAUCGAAUCGAAACUCGACGGUGGAAGACCGCAACAGUUCAACCGCCAUCAUGGGAAGAUUAUUUUGCGUAUGCGAGAUAACAACCGCUACUCCCAGCCUGGAGAAGCGUAUCGACUUGCCAAUUUGCAAUAACAACAUUCCGCAUAUAUUACGCUCUAAAUAAGGAAGGACUCGAUUGCCGCGAGCGAGAGAGCUGAUUUCAGCUCGACGCGCUGCUCUCCUCUCUAUUUGUGAUAACGCUCGAAGGGGCCUUUGAUUGAUGAUAAUCGCAUCCAUUUGUGCGGACUAAGAUUUCUCCGAGACUCCGCUCUGCCGUAGAGCAAUUGUAACAGAUCCGAGCCCAAAGUAUCGCGAUUCUUUUGUAUUCUGAUCCAAGAAAUAGCGUGAUAUUACUUUCGAUUUCAGCCGAGAAACGGCUAGUGAAACCGAAAGAAUCACAAUAAUCUCUUUUCUUCCAUAUCUUUUUUAUAUUGUUGUAAACCCAUCGUGAAGCUCAUCCUCGAUGCUGAAAUAGGGUUACCUUUUAGAUUUGCCGUACAUGUAGAGGAUUAAAACAUUUGUCUUUGAAAAAGAAAUAUUUAAUGUUAAAUUUUUAAAUGCUUAAUUUCUGAUAGACAUCAGACAUACAAAUAUAGAGCAAGCCUUAUAGAUAUAUAACAGUAAGCCUUAAUGUGUACGGCAUUUUUUCAAGAAAGUUAAGGUUGUCAAUGUUCCGCUGCGCCCUUUCGUGUAGAUUAGUACGAGCUGUGUGUAAAGAUAUGUAAGAUUAUGCAAAAUAAAUGAGACUUAAUUUAAAUACA